AUGGGAUUUAUUGCGUCAAUGACCCGUUACGUCCGCGGAAACACAUUUCCACGCAAAGGAUCGACGACACAAUCACACCGGAGCUUUGACGACGACUCGAACGAAUUGAUUCCCACCAGCUCUCGCACCACAUCCCUUUUCCCUACAGAGAGCAUCACAUCUACAUCCACAAUGGUUCCGAGCUCCUCUAACGAGUCGAGUAUAUCAGCCGAAUUGGCCACUCCGAAAUGGGACUUGAACAUCCGAACCCUCUUUGACGAGGUCGACACCCUCGAUCCUGCUACCAGUUGUGCCAUCAAGGCCCUCUCCCUGCCAGAUCACCCCGUUUUGAAAAUGGAAACCAUCAAAACACCCUCCGAGACCUUGACGAAGAAGCUAGACCACACAGUCGAUACCGAAUCCAAAGCCGACACCGCAUCACAUAAAGGCAGCAAGUUUGGGAAAUCCAGCAGAUUCCGCAUGAGUUGGGACAAGACUUGGUAUAGGGAACCUCAAACGUCGGAGGUGAAGACACGGACAAGAAUCAGACGAUCAAUGACGGGAUUCUUGAAGAGGCGCCAUGUGCGAAGUCCCUCGCAACCAGACCCGUCGUUCAACCCGGCGGAGGAAUCUCCCUCGCCAAGGUGGAUUGAUGCCGCAAGUUUCAUGGAGAGAGAUGUUGCCGAUGAGACGGACGAGUUCAACUGGCUCAAAGAUAAUGGAUUGCGGAGAUCUGACAAUGAGAGUGCAAAAUUGUGGGCGGGGGAGUUGAUCGGAAGACUUCGCUAG